AUGAUUAGAUAUACUUUUCGUGGCCGUCUACAGCAGUUGAGAUUCAACUCUACAAAGCUUUCCGUAUCAAACUUUACUGAUAAAGAAGUGUCGCUCAACAUCGAGGGCAAGCCAAUCACUUUUAGCAGCAUAUUUUUGCGAGAUGCAUGCACCUCACCGGAAUCUGUUGAUGCUACAAGUCAAAAAUUGUUCACUACAGCCGAAGCAGCAACAAAACUUGAAAUAAAUCUGCCACCAGUUGUGGAAACCACCGAGGAACCAACUUUGAAAAUACAAUGGAACAGUAAUGGACAAUUGGUCAACUCAUCCUAUUCGCUAUCAUUCUUGAAAAAAAACUUGACAUCCGCAUCUCGUAGAGCAGAAAGGUUCUUUGAUCAUGACAAGAAACUUUGGGACAAAUCUGAAUUGACCAAUAACCUUGCUUCCAUCCAUCACAAGUAUGAUAGUUUCCUAAAUGAUGACAAAACGUUUUUCAAUGCACUCCACAAUUUGAACAGAUACGGUCUCUGUUUCAUAGAUGAUAUUCCACGUCCGAAAUUGACUGAAAUGAAUGAAUCGAAUGUUCCACAUUGGCCUGUUGCCAAGCUUGCUGACAAAUUUGGCUAUAUCAAAAAGACAUUUUAUGGCUCUUUAUUUGACGUUAAAAAUUUGAAAUCGGAGGCUAAAAACAUUGCUUAUACAAACACAUUUUUGCCAUUACACAUGGACUUGCUUUACUACGAGUCACCGCCAGGCUUGCAAAUGUUACAUGCAAUUGACAACUCAACCUUGGGUGGAGAAAAUAUCUUUUGCGACUCUUUUUUAGCAGCCGAACAUGUCCGACUCCAAGAUCCAAAAGCAUAUGAAGCUUUAACAAAAAUUCCAAUCACGUAUCAUUAUGACAACAACAACGAAUACUAUUAUUACAAAAGACCAUUGGUGAUUGAAGAUCCCGAAGCGGUAGGCGAAUUCCCAAAGAUUCACACAGUCAAUUACUCGCCACCUUUUCAAGGACCAUUCGAAGUUGGCGCCACCAAAGAUGACCCAGCUUAUGAAAUGUUUGAUGAUUUUAUAAGAGGAUUCCAAAUGUUUGAAAAUUUCAUCAAUGACCCCAAAAAUCAUUAUGAGAUAAAGAUGCCAGAGGGCUCGUGUGUAAUUUUUGAAAACAGAAGAACAUUGCAUUCGAGAAAUGAAUUUUCCGAUGCAAAUGGAGGAGAUAGAUGGCUCAUGGGUACAUAUGUAGAUGGUGACAGUUUUAGAUCCAAAUUGAGAGUUGGAUACAGGAAGUAUAUACAAUGA